GUUGUAGUCCGGACCCCUUACCGAACUCGGCUGCCCGGAGGCGGCUCUGAAGUCCGAGGCGGUCCACCACCUUGGGCGCUUGGCUUGGAGGAUGGAUCCCGGGCCUGACGCCGCGCCGCUGGCUGGCCUGGCCUGGUCGUCGGCCUCGGCGCCCCCGCCGCGAGGAUUCAGUGCGAUCUCCUGCACUGUGGAGGGGGCGCCCGCCAGCUUCGGCAAAAGCUUCGCGCAAAAAUCUGGCUACUUCCUGUGCCUCAGCACCUUGGGCAGUCUGGAGAAUCCGCAGGAGAACGUGGUGGCCGAUAUCCAAGUCGUGUUGGACAAGAGCCCCCUCCCACCGGGCUUCUCCCCGGUCUGCGACCCCCUGGACUCCAAGGCCUCCGUGUCCAAGAAGAAACGAAUGUGUGUGAAGUUGGUGCCCCUGGGGGCUGUGGACACAGCUGUGUUUGACAUCCGGCUGAGUGGGAAGACCAAGACGGUGCCUGGAUACCUUCGAGUAGGGGACAUGGGUGGCUUUGCCAUCUGGUGCAAGAAGGCAAAGGCCCCUAGGCCAGUGCCCAAGCCCCGAGCUCUCAGCCGGGACAUGCAGGGCCUCUCCUUGGAUUCACCCAGCCAGCCCAGCAAGGGUGGCUUCUCGGAGGGAACUUUGUCCAGACUGGGAUCGAGGGCCUCCACCCUGCGGAGGAAUGAUUCUAUCUAUGAAGCCUCCAACCUCUAUGGCAUCUCAGCCAUGGAUGGGGUUCCCUUCACGCUGCACCCCCGGUUUGAGGGCAAGAGCUGUGGCCCUCUGGCCUUCUCUGCCUUUGCUGAUCUGACCAUCAAGUCGCUGGCGGACAUUGAGGAGGAGCAUCAAGGUGGCCCAGGUUCUGCUGCCAUCAGGAAUGCCCCCAGAUCUCUGGCUCAGAAAGGCUAAGGCUUAUUUCCCAUGCAUACCAUGUGCCCGCAGUGGUGAAGCAGCAGACUCUGCUGGUCGUAGUUGUGUGGAAAUCCACCUGAAGGGGGCGGCCACCAUCUCGCCCUGACAGCGGGAUGGACUCAGAAAAGUCUUGCGCUAUCAGUUAACUGCCCUGGCUGAGAAGUACCUUGUUCAAGUUCUGCUCACAGCUCAUUGGCCAGAAUGGGUCCCACGGGGCCUGAAAGGACCACCCAACUGGGCCCUUGUGUCUAACAACUCUGCCCCAGGAGUCUGAGGGGGCAGGGGGACUGCCCUGCACGAGGGUUCCCUUGCCUGGUCUGAGGAGAGACAAAGUUCUACACUCAGGGUCUGAUGGGGGAGGCAAGCUUCUGCUCUGAGGUCAGAGGAAGGAGGCAAAACCCUGCUCUGAGGGUCUAAUAGGGGAGACAGCUGUCUUGGAGGGGGUGGGGGGAGACCAUGCAAAAGGUACCCCCUCCCCCACACACUUAGCUGCCUUGAGAAAAGUAGGCCUCCGGUGCUAAGAUAUCUCCCCCAUCUCUCCCUCUGGACUCUGCCAGCCCCUGCCAGGUCCUGUCCAGGCUGCUCUGGCGCCAGCCUGGGAAUUCAAUCUGGCUGGAAAGCAAAGGCUGUUUGUUUUCCCUGGUUGCCUUCUCGGCCACCCCGAAACCAGCUCUGGAUCAUUUUCCAGGGUAACUGUGUGUGAUCCAGGUCCUUGUAUGACCUGUGCUGGCCUCUGGUCUAACUGGACCCAAGCUGCCAUAUGACCCUGCAAAAUCCCAACCCUCUGAGCCCUGCUAGGCCUGGACCCUCAUAGCAUCUGGGAGGGUUCAGGGCCAUAUCAAUCCAAACAGCCCCAGGCUGAGCUGACAUCAGCUUGGGCUACAGGGGGAGUGAAGCCUUACCUUUUCCACCUUUUGCUCGCUCCUGGGCGCUGCGAGCUAGGCAUUGCAGGAACCUAGGUACCGAGAGGGACGAGGGACAUUUCUGGAGAGACACAGUCCCAGCUCCAGUGCUGGUGACCCUGAGUAGUAACUUAACCUCUGUCCUCCCAGAACAUUUCAUCACCCCAACAGGACACUCCACUAGCAAUCACUCCCUCAUUCUCUUCUCCCUGCCCCUGGCAACCACCAGUCUGCUUUCUAUCUCUGUGGAUGUGCCUACUCUGGACAUUUUCAUAUAGAUGGAAUCAUACAAUAUGUGACCUUUUGUGCCUGGCUCCUGUCACUCAGUGUGAUGUUUCCAAGGUUCACCCACAUUGUAGUGCGUGUCAGUGCUUCAUUCCUUUUUAUGGCUGAGUAAUAUUCCAUUAGGUAGAUGGACCACAUUUUGUUCAUCCAUUCGUUUAUGAACACUUUCGGUGAUUGUCUCUAGUGUUACCGUGAACAUGCUUGUACAAGGAUUUGUGUGAACACCCGUUUUCAAUCCUUUUAGGCCUCUUUAUGUUUUGUACUCCCACCCUAGUCCUGGCCCUGGGGAUGAGGCCAAGGCGUCCAGCUUCUAGUUCCCCUGACCAAUCCAGAAGAUGAGGCCCUCUGCGCUGGCCGCCAGCCAGGGUCGUUCCUUCUCUUUCUCCUCUCUCUUCUACCCUCAGUCCCCAAGGCUGCCCCAAGUUCUCAGAAACUGGAGUCUUCAGUAUCCUCAGGUACCUGCUCUGUCCUGGAUCCCUGUGAUGGGGUUCCAGCCAUUGCUGCUGUGUAGCUUCACUCCUCGGACCUCAGCUUCCCCAUUUGUGAGGCGGGUUGUCCUGAAGAUUAACUGAGGACAGGAAAGCACCUGGCCCGAGCACCUGCAGUACCAGGCGUGAUAAAAACGUAACAUUUAUUCUUGUUUUACCCUCCUUGUUGCUACUCAUCAUGCCUGCCAAGAGCCCAUGCUCACUGGACACCCGUGUCAGGCCACGGAGGAUGCUCAUGUACAUUAUGUGUUGACCCCACUCCACUGGUGAGGAGGAAGUCUGUGCAGCUUCCCAGGGACCCAGGGAAGAGAUGGCCAAAGCUUUGAUCAGCUGGGGCCCUACCCAGGGUCAGGCUUGGGGACCAGUCCUCCUACUGUGCGCUGUCACUUCUCUGCCCAUUGGGAAGAGUCCCAGGGAAGUUUCCUUUGCUGUGGCUGAGCCUCCACUGCUCGGUGGCCCUGGAGUCCCCAUGUAGCUCAGAAAGGGGCAGGCUGGAAAACUUCUGGGGACAUCUGUACAUUUGGGGUAGGAGUAGG